AUGAAACAGCCUAAGAUCCCCUACAAGGAGGCGGUUGGUGCCCUCCUCUACCUCUCUAUUACAACGAGGCCUGAUAUCUCCUAUGCAGUAGGCCAGGUGGCAAAGUUAAGUCAAAACUCCGGGAUCCAGCACUGGAAAGCAGUCAAGCGCAUUUUCCGCUACAUCGCAGGUACGCGAACCUUUGGGAUUCUCUACUCUAAAAAGGAAGGAGAAAUGGUGAUGUGCUACACGGAUGCCGAUCAUGCUGGAGACCAGGAUGACAGGGCCUCCACAUCCGGAUGCGUGUUUCUCUGCAGCGUUGGGUCAAUUUCCUGGUUUAGCCGCAAACAAGAAUGCAAUUCCCUCUCCACGACAGAGUCGGAAUUUGUUGCAGGGAGCGAAGCAGCUAAGGAGGCUACUUGGAUCCCAUAA